UAAUACUAUAUAAGCAUAUAUAUUUAGAUUUUCAGAUGGAAAUUGGAAGACCAAAUCAUUGAUAUUAAUGAAGAAGAGAGGGAGCAGCUAUGUAUAUGUAAAGGGCUAAUUAGUGUGGAUGAAUCCUUAGAGAGCAAAAUGGAUGAUGCCGCAGAUCCCAAACUCCCAUACAUCCAAACCGAUGAGCUAUUCCAGUUCCCUCCCGCGCUGUGGUACACUUAUAGCCAGCAGCCACCUCCCCCACUCUAUCAUCAUCCCUUGAUCUCGACCUCUCCUCCUAAUGAAUAUCGGCAUGGGAUUGCGUUGGCCGCCAACGAUCAGCUAAGCAACAGUACACAACCCGGUAUCAUCUUCCAUGACAAUUAUAAUCAUGGGAGUGAUAACCAAACUGGGGACAAGAAAAAGAAGAUCAGCCAUAGCGACAUCGAGAAGCAACGGAGGAAAGAAAUGGCUGCCCUUUAUGGGUCUCUGCGCUCACAACUCCCGCUUGAAUAUCUCAAAGGGAAGAGAUCAGCAGCAGACCAAAUGCACGAGGCAGUGAAGUAUGUGAAGCACCUCCAGAAGAAGAUCAAAGAGCUGAAAGCAAAGAGAGAUGAGCUCAAGAGAAGGUCCUGCCCAUCUGAUGACCAAAGUAAUUCACCAAUUAUUCAUGAGUGUGCUACGGGGCCGGUUCAAGAGGAUGCUGUCAUGGUCAGCCUUUACAGGUCCGGUGAAGUGGAAGUGGCUGUUAACACUUGUGUGGAUCAAGGUCUGCCUCUAGGGAGAGUUCUGGAAAUACUGAUUGAAGAAGGGCUGAGCAUAAAUGGCUGCAACUCCACUAGAGUAAAUGAAAGACUACUUCAUUUCAUUCAAUGCGAGAUUAUCGAUGCAGGGAGAAUCGAUAUAGCUAAUGACUUGCAACAAAAGAUAAAGGAUUUGAAGGCCUAGUAGUCUUUGCAUGGAUUAAUGAGUUCACUCCAACCGAGAUUGCAGCAAUUAUUGUCCGCUCUUGUAUCAGGAUUCUGAAUAUGGUUUAUGUAUCCCUCAUGUUUCUAUGUCCAUUUUAGUUAUUUACUGAGCUAUAUAAACUCUUUGAGAUAAUAUAUAUUAAAUACUAAUUAGUUGAUUCUUCAAA